GAGAGAUUGUAGCUUCGGAUGGUGCACUGUCAAAUUUGUAAAUAAAGGUAUUGCUGUGUGAACGAUGCACAAACAAUGUCUGAUGCCGAGGCCACAUACGCAGACUUCAUCGCCUCUGGCCGGACGGGUCGUCGGAACGCCAUGCAUGACAUCCUGCAGAGUCCCACCGACCCUGAGGGACGAGGACUGUCCCUCACCCUGUCUCUGUCCCAGCUGCACAUCAACCCUGGAGGGGGAGAUGGAGAAGACACUGAGGACAGCCAGGGCUCCUACUCCUCGGCCCAGCGGGAUGCAGAGCAGAGGAACAGCUGAACUUCCUCUCGCUCCGUUCAUCAUUCAGAGAGCUGCAGGAUGGAUUACAGACACCACCCUGAAGAAUCUGUUUGUCCCAAAUAGGCUGCUGGCACGAGGGUAGGAUCAUCGCUGCUGAUAUGCAUUUCAAAGCAGGGCAAUGGUACUCUGAAUUCACUGUGGAGGUGAUCACCCACUGACUGCAUGGGAACUUGAAUGGAAGUCAUGGUUCACAUAAGGACAGCUGUCUUUGUUAAAACACACAAGAUGAAAU